AGGGGUCACAUUUUAUAAUUCACAGAGCAGCCUGUGUGCCAGGGCCCGUGUCUCAUGGCUGCUUUCUCCUUUGCCACUCUGCCUUCCCAGGACGCUGUGCCUCCCCAGCAGGAGCAGGAGAAAAUGACCCAGUUCCAGGAGGCGGUAACCUUCAAGGACGUGGCUGUGGUCUUCACGGAGGAAGAGCUGGGGCUGCUGGACCCAUCCCAGAGGAAGCUGUACCAAGACGUGAUGCUGGAGAACUUCUGGAACCUGGUUUCCGUGGGACAUUGGAAUAAAAGUGAGAUAGGGACUCUUCAAGUAGUUGGAUUAAGGUACCUUUUUCAGGAAGACUUUUUGUGGUGGCAAAUAUGGGAACAACUUAUAAGUAAGUUAACCAGAAAUCAAGAUGUGAUAAUAAAUCUGCAAGGCAAGAAGUCUGAUUUGCCAAAACAAGGUGAUUCAUUCUGUCUCUUGUGGACAGCAGAAUCUACUCAAGUUUCUGAAGAUGAGAACUGUAUAAUAAAGCUUCCAGGGGAAGUUCGAAGUUCCAAUAGUAUAAAAUGUCAAGAGUUUCCAAUUAAGACCACCUGGGAUUUCUGGAAGAAAAUGUAUCUGAGAGAGUCACAGAAUUAUCAGAGUAGGUGUCAGAAGAUUGAUAGGAAAUGUGAACUGUGCAAGUGUGAUCCUUGUGUUAUAAGGACUUCUCAUGACCAUGGUGAUGAUCAGGAAGUACACGAAGGCAAGAAGUCUUAUAUCCACAAGAACUGUGGAAAAGAUUUCAUGAAGAAAUCAUUCCAGCAUAAUGUAAUCCACUCAGGAGGGCAAACCUCUGAUGGGAAUGGAAAAGGCUUCAGCCUUGCCCCCAGUCUUGAAGUUCAUCAGCAGUUGCACCUAGGAACAAAAGCCCAUAUGUGUAGUGAGUGUGGCGAAGGCGUGAGUUAUAGUUCCGUGCUUGGCACUCAUCAAAGUGUUCUCACAGAAGAGAAAUGCAAUAGGAAUGAUGAGUGUGGUGAUGACUUCAGUCAAAGCUCACAGCUGCAAAUUCCUCAGAGAAUCAGCACAGGAGAGAAACCCUACAGAUGUGUGUGUGGGAAAGGCUUCAGUCACACCUCAACUCUUCUAGUUCAUCAGGGAGUCCACACAGGAGACACAUCCUACCAAUGUGCUGUCUGCGGGAAGAGAUUCAGUCAGAGUUCACUUCUUCAUAACCAUCAGCGAGCCCACACUGGAGACAAACCUUACAAAUGUGCUGAGUGUGGGAAGAGCUUCAAUUGGAGGUCACAUCUUCAAUACCAUGAGCGAAUCCACACAGGGGAGAAACCCUACAAAUGUGCUGUUUGUGGCAAGAGCUUCAGUUGGAACUCACGACUUCAAACCCAUCAGCGAGUACACACAGGAGAGAAACCCUACAAAUGUUCUGUGUGUGGGAAGAGCUUCAGUUGGAGGUCACGACUUCAGUACCAUGAGCAAAUCCACACUGCCGAGAAAGCCUACAUAUGUGAAGAGUGUGGGAAAGGCUUUAAGAGGAGCUCAUGUCUUCAUGUUCAUAAGAGGAUCCACACAGGAGAGAAACCCUACCAAUGUGCUGUGUGUGGAAAGAGCUUCAGUCGGAUCUCAAGUCUCAAAGCUCAUCAGCGAGUCCACACUGGGGAGAAACCCUACAAAUGUGCUGUGUGUGGGAAGAGCUUCAGUCAUCCCACAAGUCUUCAAGUUCAUCAGCGAAUCCACACUGGGGAGAAACCCUACAAAUGUGCUCUGUGUGGUAAGAACUUCAGUCAGAGAUCGCAUCUUCAAGGCCAUCAGCGAGUCCACACAGGAUACAAACCUUACAAAUGUGCUGUAUGUGGAAAGAGCUUCAGUUGGAGGUCACAUCUUCAAGGCCAUCAGAGAGUCCACACAGGAGACAAACCCUACAGAUGUGCUGUGAGUGGUGAGAGCUUAAUUCAGACCUCAAGUCUUCAAAUUCAUCAGGGAGUCCACCCUGGGGAGAAGCCAUAGAAAUGUGAGACAUGUGGUACAGGCUUUAGUUGCAGUUCACAUCUUCAAGAACAACAAGUCCACACUGGAGAAAAACCCUACAAAUGUGCUGUGUGUGGGAAGGGCUUCAGUAGGAGUUCACAUGUUCAGGCCCAUCAGUGAAUCCACACUGGAGAGAAACCCUACAGAUGUGUAGAAUGUUGGAAAGGUUCAUGUGCAGCUCAUAUUGUUGGAAAGGUUCAUGUGCAGCUCAUAUUGUUAUGUUUAUCAAAGGAUCCACACAGGAGAGGAACCUAUAAAUUUGGCAUGUGCAGUGAGUGCUUCCGUCAGGCAUCAAAUCUGCAAGUUCAUCAGAGUCCACACAGGAAAGGAGCCAUAACAAUGUGAGACAUAAGGUAAGGGCUUUAAUCCCAGUUCAUAUCUUCAAGACCGUAAACGAGUCCACACUGGAGAGAAACCCUACAAAUGUGCUGUGUGUGGUAAGAGCUUCUGUCAGACCUCAAGUCUUCAAGCUCAUCAGAGAGUCCGUACUAGAGAGAAACCCUAUAAAUGUUUUGUAUUUGGUAAGAGCUUUAGUAAGAGUUCAUAUCUUCAGGUUCAUCAUAGAGUACAUCAUGGCAGUAUGUCCACUGCAAGUGAUCAGUGUAAUAAAAGUGGUCUUUAGAACUUAGACUUCUAAGUUUCAUCAUGUAAUCUACAUAGCAGAGAUUAUAUAUAAAAUGUUGUGUUUUAAGAA